GGUGGGAGCGCGACGCGGAGGGCGUGGAGGAGGAGGAGGCGGUGGCUCAGGCAGAGGAGCAGCAGCGGCAGCAGCACGGGAAGCAGAUAGAGAAGCAGCAGCAGGAGGAGAAGCAGGAGGAGAAGCAGCAGCGGGAGUGAGACCGGGGGGACGAGGCUCUGCGAUGGCCGCUCGGGGCUGACUUUCGCGGAGUGAGGGCUGCGACCGGAGCCAGGCGAGCACCAGGCCCUUAACCAAGCCAUGUAGAGCGGGCGCCGGCCUACUGACAAGUUCGCUGCGAAGACUUGACUAUGCGUGGGACACUGAAGCCAUACGUUUAGAGCUGUACAGUAACCGUUAAUUUUUAAGCAACAUUUUUAAUUUAUUUAUUACAUUUUAUGCAAUUGGAGCGAUUAGCCGUCAGACUUUGGAGCUCGCUACGACGUGGCACGGCUCAAUCAUGUCUUCGGUUUGGAAGCGACUGCAGCGAGUGGGAAAACGCGCGUCCAAGUUUCAGUUUGUGGCCUCCUACCAAGAGCUGAUGGUGGAGUGUACCAAGAAAUGGCAGCCCGACAAGCUCGUGGUGGUGUGGACGCGCAGGUCUCGGCGCAAGUCGUCCAAGGCGCACAGCUGGCAGCCCGGAAUCAAGAACACGUACCGUGGUGUGGUGGUGUGGCCUGUGCCCGAGAACAUCGAGAUCACCGUCACGCUGUUCAAGGACCCUCACGCCGAGGAGUUUGAAGACAAAGAGUGGACGUUCGUAAUCGAGAACGAGUCGUCGGCGGGCCGGCGGAAAGCUCUGGCGUCGGCCAACAUCAACAUGAAGCAGUACGCCAGCCCCAUGCCCACGCAGACGGACGUGAAGCUGCGCUUCAAGCCGCUGAGCAAGAAGGUGGUGGCCGCCACGCUGCAGCUGUCACUCUCCUGCAUCUUCCUGCGCGAGGGCAAGGCCACGGACGAGGACAUGCAGAGCCUGGCCAGCUUGAUGAGCAUGAAGCAGGCCGACAUCGGGAACCUGGACGACUUCGAGGAGGGUGACGAGGAGGACGAGGAGAGCCGCGUGGACCAGGAGGAGAAGGCGGCCAAGAUUACAGACAUAGUAAACCAGCUGAAUGCUCUCUGCCGCUUAGAGGACGACAAGGAUCAGGGCUCCUUUAAACAGGGCCCCCACUCGGCCGGCCUUGCCACCUCCUCCCAAGAACUCAUCAACAAGCUGAACUUCCUGGAUAACGCUGAUGAUGACGAGGAGGAGCCGUCUGGAAUGGUGGUGGCGGCGGCAGCGACGGCCGCCAUCGCCGCCCCCCCUGCCCCCCCUGCCCCCCCUGCCCCCCCCGCAGUGGUCGAGGUGCAGCAAGAGGUUAAACCCCUCAAGCCUCCGAGGAUCGCCGCGUCAUUGACACCGCCACCGCCACAUCGCAGCGACACUUCAGCUACCACCCCGGCCCCCGCCACCACCUCCUCAACCUCCGCCACCACCUCCACCACGACCGCCACCGCCGUCACGAAUCGCCACCCCGACGCCACCGGCAACUGCGGCGGCGACGAUUCCCAGAACCCGUUUGGCGAUCCGGACGGGGCGGACGAGGGCGGUGGCGGAAACCCGUUUGAGGAGGAAGCCGCCUCGCCGCCGCAGUGUGGAAGCAACCCCUUCGAGGACGAGGCCGAGGAGUGCGUGCCAGCGCCGGCGCCGACGCCGGAGAGGCGGCCGGAGAAGGGGCGUGCGCCGCCCGUGCCGACGGUGACGCCCUCGUCCUCGCCCGCGCUCACGCCCCAGAAGCCGAGCCGCAAGCGCGACGCGCUCAGCGCCGUCGACAUGAGCAAGUACCUGUACGGCAGCGCGGCCGACGACUCGGAGCAGCUCGACGACAGCGCUGCCGCCCCCGCCGCGGAACCACCCGGCGAUCGCGCAGCGGCCGACUCGAGCGCAGCAGAAUCGAACCCGUUCUACGAGCCGCCAGCGCCGGACCCUCCCAAGAGCGCGGUGGCAUCGCGCGGCAAGGCGCCCGCGCCCCCUCCUCCCUCCUCGUACGCGUCCCCCGCCGCCUCCUCUUCCACGCCCGCCUCCGAGCCCGUAUCCGUGGCGAUCGCCACCACGCCCGCCAAGCACGAGAAGAGGAAAGCCCCCGCGCCCCUCCCCCCCACGUUGGCUGCUAGCGGCGGUGGCGUCGAAACCCCAAAGGCGAAGCCUUCCCCUCAGGCCCUGUCGAUCGCCGAACAGGUGUCACCCUCGCCCAAGCUGAGUCCGUCGCCGAGCCCCGUGCUGGACAAGAAGGUGAACUCCAUCCAGUCCCUGCUCAGCUGGUGCAAGGAGGUGACGCGGGACUACCGCGGAGUCAAGAUCACCAACUUCACCACGUCAUGGCGCAACGGCAUGGCCUUCUGUGCCAUCCUGCAUCACUUCCGGCCCAACCUCAUCGACUACAAGGGCCUCAACCCACAAAACAUCAAAGAGAACAACAAGAAGGCCUACGACGGUUUCGCGGGCCUGGGCAUCUCGCGUCUCCUCGAGCCGUCCGACAUGGUGCUGCUCGCCAUCCCGGACAAGCUGACGGUCAUGACGUACCUGUACCAGAUCCGCGCCCACUUCACGGGCGAGGAGCUGAGCCUGCUCCACGUGGGCGACACGUCGAGCCGCAGCACCUACACUGUGGGCAGCUUCGAGAGCGAUGCCGCCGCGGCCAUCUCGCAGCGCAGCUUCUACGCCGAGAUGAAAGGCGGCGUGGCGGGCACCCCCGUCGACGGGACCGUCGCCGCCGCCGCCGUUGCCGCCUCCGGCACCGCCUCCUCAGCCCCACCGGCCAGAGCGCCGGAGAUCGGCGGUGAGCCCGUCGACCCCGGCGACGGCUCGCCGCGGCAAAACGGCAGGCUUCCUGGCGACGAGGUUGGAGGAACCGGACCAAGGUUCGGCGACAGAAGUCGGAAGAGCGACGGGGACUCGGCUGCCGUGCCUGUGCAGAAACUCGCGGUGGAGCCAGGCGCAGCGACGGCGGACGCGCAGAGGGAGCCUUCGGCGGCUGCGGCGCCACCGUCGCUCGGCGUGGACAAGAAACGGCUCCUCCCGGUCGAGCGCUUCGACUUCAGCGACUUGGGCGGGUGCGGCAGCGGCAGCGAGUCCGAGCCGGAGGCGAGACCCGCGGGGGUGGCGCCGGGAUCGGCCGCGGACAGAGCCUCGGGCGAGGCGGAUGCCCAGGGCCUCCAGUCGGCACUGUCGCGUAAGCCCUCGGGGCACGCGCAUCGGGCGAGCGCCUUCGCGCACAGUCGCGACGCCGACCUGGUGAAGAAGAAGCGCGCGGACCUGGCGCACCGCAGCGAUUCGGAUGGCGACAGCAGCGCGCCGGCCACGAAGCUCAACCGCAGCCUCUCGCAGCGCUCCGACAAGGAGGCCGACAAGGCUCCGAGCAGCCCCGUGCAGAGGUCGGUGCCGCUCACCAAGUCCGCCACGCUCGCCGACGUGGGCACCAGCGGCGUCGCCACCGAUAAGCGUGCUCUGAGCCGCCAGGAGGAGCUGAAGGAGCGAGCGCGACUCCUGCUGGAGCAGGCCCGGCGUGACGCGGCGCUCAAGAUGGGAGGGGGCAAGGGGGGCGGCUCGCUCGCCACGCCGGGUUCGGCCCUCCAGCCCGCCAAGCGACAGCCCUCCGAGACGGACGAGGAGCGGCAGCGGCAGUUGCGCGAACGCGCCCGUCAGUUGAUCGCGGAGGCGCGCAUCGGGGUCAAGUCGUCGUCGUCGUCGUCGUCCAUGACGAGGUCCAGGACCGUCUCGGAGGAGGGCGACUUGGACACCGAUGACGCCCGGGCGCUGGCCUAUAUGAUGGAGCUGCUCUCUAGUCCUCCCGGUGCCCUUGCCGCCUCCGGUGGGACGAGCGAGGCUGCGGUCGGACGAGCGUCUGAGUCACGGAGCCGGGGCUCGGGGUCUCUAUCCUCGGCCGUGUCGACAUCACCACAGCAGCAGCGGCCUGGCACGGAGAACGGCAGCCACGAGCAAGGCGUGGAGGGCGGCGCGGAGGGGCUGCGUCGUCUGCGGGGCGCCCCGCUCUUCAACCGCGACUCUACGGUCAGGAAGACGCAGCUGCAGUCCUUCACGCAACUGGUGGAGGGGAAACCAGAGCCGAGGAGACAGAAGUCGCCGAGCGAGGAGCGGAGGGAGCGGUCGCGGGACAGAGAUGGAGCGGCCCCCAUGGGGCGGCAGCCGUCGGAGGAGGAGGAGUUCCUAGACACGAGUCAGUACGUGGUCGGGGAGCUGUCGGCGCUGGAGUGCGAGCAGAGGCAGAUCGACACGCGCGCCGCCCGCGUCGAGAAACGCCUGCGCUUCCUCAUGGAGACCGGUCGCAGCAAGGAGGAGGAGGAGAUGCUCAUGCAGGAGUGGUUCACGCUCGUAAACAAGAAGAAUGCGCUCAUCCGCCGUCAGAACCAGCUCAGCAUCCUGGAGAAGGAGCACGACCUGGAGCGACGCUACGAGCUGCUCAACCGCGAGCUGCGUGCCAUGAUGGCCAUCGAAGACUGGCAGAAGACGGAGGCUCAGAAGCGCCGGGAGCAGCUGCUGCUGGACGAGCUGGUGACGCUGGUGAACAAGCGCGAUGCGCUCGUGCAGGACCUGGACGCUCAGGAAAAGCAGGCUGAGGAGGAGGACGAGCACGUGGAGAGGACGCUGGAGCAGAACGUGGGCAAGAUCGUGAAGAAGGACGACAAGUGCAGCAUCCAGUAGCGCCCGGAAGAGACGCGUCGCGCAGCUCCCUCUCCCGGUGGUCGCUUCCUCGCCUCUGGGCCGUCGAGCCGCCCUCCGCAUCUCCUGCUCUUCCCGGGAUGCGGCGGAGCGCGAGAAGCGACGCCGCGGAGCUUGGCGGCGCCCGUGACGAUGUGGGUGACUCUGGGCCAGGAGUGAGCGGGGGGGGGGGGGGGUGUCUCCGCUUCCGGCUGCGGGACACGGGGGGGACUGCUUCCGGAUCACGACGAAGGCCGCGCCGCCGCCGUGCUCUUGGGCCGUGCGUCCGAGACCCCCGUGUCGGGUCGGGCUUAGCCCCGGGGUCUUGGCGGCCAGCGAUCCACUUUGGGCCGUUAAUGGAGCAGUGCGGUGGCUCUAACCUCCGCGCCCGCCUAUGGCGGCUGAGGGGGAGUAAGAAAGAGGUGAACCCCCAGUCUCCGUUUGACUUUCGCUGCGCAUGCGAGGUGGUGCCGUGUGCUUUCGCUCUUUGGACUCUAGAGCGCUUGCGUGUCAUUUCCGUAAUCCUAGCCCCCCAUCCCCCCCGGGUGUUUCCCCACCAGCUCCUUGCUGUUGAUUUUUAAAUUGCGCUCAUUUUUGUUCUUGUUCCUCCCCACACCUGCGCGGGGAAUUUUUUCUGAGCGUCUAUGUUUGGGGGGAGUUUUCUGAGCGUCUACGUUUGGUGACGACGUUUUACCGUGAGAGCGUCGCGCGCACGAGGCGGCGGCGUGCCGGCCCCGCGGCGGCCUCGCGUUGUCGCCGUUGUUGCAGAGAAGCGACGUCCGUCGGUGACACCGCUCGCCGAGCCGGCAGGUGGAGUGAUGGUCGGACGGACGGACACACAGACACACACGGAGCCAUGCGAAGCCUUUAGGGAGAGCCCCGUUGUCACCGUAAUGGAGCUGUAAUGAAACUUGGCUACCCCCGUGCAGUUUUGCUGCAAAAGAAAAUAGGAUUCACUUUUGGUUUUCCUAAUGGGGAACCCUCACAAUGCGCGAGCGAGGUGCCGAAUAAAGGCCGGGCUUGUUAGGGCGAGAGGCAGGCUUGCUCAGGCUAGGGAGUAAGGCAAGAUGUUAGAAAUACCACAAGGGCUAGGCUCAUUAUGACACGGGCUAGACUUGCUGGGCCUUGAUUAACAGAGUAGGCUUUGUAAGGGUUAGGUCUAGAUUGGCAGGUGAUAUGGUAAGAACUGGGGUUAGGGAAGAGGCCUAGACCGGGUGUUUGGGGAAGGAUUAGAUUUGCAUUACGGAUAGGCCUGUGUGUGGAUUAGGGGUUAGAGCUAAGGCUUGGUGAGGUUAGGCUAAACGCUGGACUCGUUGGGUUUUUGGGGCUGUGUUUUGUGAACGUAGACUAUCCUUUCCGUAAGUCGUGAACGCUGCGCUAAAGUGCGACGGAUUUUGCGGGGUCUCCGUCUCUGGUUUCACAUCUCAGUGUCGUCGCCUCUUCUCCCAAACGUCACCGCUCUGCGAGCCUCACGGACAAACGGCAGGCGUGAACUUUCAAAAUUGUGCGGCAGCCGGCGUCAGUGGAACAUUUGCCGAUUCGUCGGCCCGCGUGGAGAGAGAAGGCGGCGGCGUUCUGAAUCGAGGCACAAGAGGCGGCACCGAUAUGAUGGUGUCGGGGACUAUAGCCGAACCACAAAUACAAUAAAUAAACAAGAGCGAGCAAACGAAUCUAAAUUAAAGAGCAGCCGUGAAUGGUGCGAGUGUUUUAACUUUUGGGUGGGCGCUGUUUGCGCGGGUGUUGGGACGGACAGUCGGCGUGUAUGUGCGUGUGUCGAGGGUGACACGCGGGCGACAUGGAUUCUUGAGCGAGAGCUCUGAAGCGCGAAAUACCGCUGCUGUAAAAAAUAGUGCCGCACCCUAUCAGUAGCUCUAAUCCUAUCCCAGUUCCCCCCCCCCCGCCAGCCCCGGUCCUACGCAGCUUACAGACGUGCCCAUUGCCACCCGGAGCCAGCCCCCAAACAAACCAACUCUGAUUGGUCGCAGCAUUUUUGUUGUUACCUGCAUCUCCGCGGUCAGAACUGGCAACUCGCGUACGCAACAGCUCAAGGGCAGCACAGAUAACGGGGAAUUUCCGCAAUGGAACGGUGCCAUUUCUGCCAGGAGAUGGGCCCGGUUGCGCGACUUGCCGAGACACUGUGUAAAGGCUUCACGCGCAAUCCAUUUCGAGCGACAUUUGGCAAUCGGGCGAAAUGGCACUCGGCACUCUGCCACCACAAACGCUUCUGUCGAGUCAUCGCGACGCGAUGGGUGGCAAUCAGGUUGAGGUAAUUCUCAACCUGAUUUUCGCCGAUCAGAGCCACCAUAUGUGCCAUGCAAGAUUAUGGCUAACUUCACCAUGAACAGCCCACGGAUUUGGAGGCAGUUUCAUAAAACACCUGGAUGUGAUAUCGUUCCUUUGUUUCCCAACUAAAUCGGUGUGAACUUGCGCUAAAUUGAACUCCAGAUGUUUUGUUGCACCAACCACUGACCCCUCCUGACCCCCGCCCUCGCAUCUUCGCCUCGCGACCGCCCAGUAGACAGCUAUAGAGUUGUUGUUCAACGUUGAAUCGAUGGUAGAACGCGGCCGGGAGACGUGCGACCAGCGCCUGCCCACCCAGCGUAGCUACGGACUGGGGAAACGUUCAGGCGGUCCUCGCAAACAGAGCUACGGCGAUCAUCGCCGGAGCUCUGUUUGCCGAAAAUCGAGUUUGAAACGUUGGAUAGCCAGGUGACCUUUACGUGCGAUCCGAUUGGACGUUGCCAAUCCCAUCUGCCACAAGAGGGAGCAGCGAAAAUAAUUAAGGAUCUGGGCAACCAAAAAGGCUUAACGAUCGGAAAUAUCGCGGCAACAUUUUCCAGCGAAGACGUGGCGACCGCCCCGAAGUUUCCGUGGAGCGUCGCGGCCGCCAUGCUGGUACUCGGCUGGCGGAGUUGAGUGGCGUGCGUUGUGCUGGCCGGAGUGGCCCGGAACGCCGAUGGGUAAACGCGAGCGAGGCUGCCACAGUGCAAUACUGUAUUAAUAUGAAUUUUAAUUAGUAGUAAGUGAUAGUAAUGGCAAUGAACGUGGCGUAUUAAACGCGCGGCCGAAUCGAUUGGAGGGGGGGGUGAGUAAGAUUUGUGCGUGUGUUGUAUCCGCCAGCACUGUUCGUGUUUUUAUAUAAAAAAAAAGAAGACCGUU